AUGACAUCACGUGUUGGCCCCAGAGCUGUUGGCACCAAUGGAAGUGACUUUAAACACAGAGAGAAGGUGGCCCCACAUUACCAGAUGAGUGCUGCCUUGAAGUCAGAGGUGCGGAAGUUAAACAUUGUCCAUCUUUUGAUCUGGCUCCUGGUGGCUGCACAAGUGACUGUCAGCCACUUUAAACUGGUGUCACAUGACACAGUGUCCAUGCCGUAUCAGUGGGAGUACCCCUACCUGCUCAGCAUCCUUCCUCUGCUCUGCAGCAGCCUGUCACUUCCAAAGAACAAUAUCAGCUAUUUGGUCAUAUCCAUGAUCAGUGCAGGCCUGUUCUCUGUGGCACCUCUUAUUUACGGUGGAAUGGAGAUGUUUCCUGUAGCACAGCAGCUCUACCGCCAUGGAAAGGCCUACCGCUUCAUUUUUGGCUUCUCCGCAGUGACUGUUAUGUACCUAGUCAUGGUGGUUGCUGUACAAGUGCAUGCAUGGCAGUUAUAUUACAUGAAAAAGCUUUUAGACUCAUGGUUUGACGCCACUCAGGAGAAGAAGAAGAAAUAA